AUGACCAACUCCAACAAUUCAGUUAAUGCAAGUAAAGUACUAUCGAAGGGUACUAGUGAUGUUGAGAAGUACGGCUCCGAUAGCGUCACCUCCAAUAACGAAGCCGCAGACGACGACAGCAAGUUUCCCACUGGCAUAGCCUUAUGGUCCAUCCUAGGUCCUAUUACAAUUGCCUACUUCCUCGUCUUCCUUGACAUGUGCGUCGUGUCUACCGCAACCCCCGCCAUAACACAGCGAUUCAACUCUCUGGUCGACGUCGGCUGGUAUGGCGGUGCGUACCAGCUCGGUAGCUCCGCCCUCCAGCCUCUUACCGGCAAGAUCUACAGCCACUUUAGCAUCAAGUGGUCCUUCCUCGUCUUCUUCUUUGUCUUCGAGCUCGGAUCUGUCAUCUGUGGAGCUGCUGUCUCCUCGCCCAUGUUCAUUGUCGGUAGAGCCAUUGCCGGUGCGGGCUCGUCCGGUAUUGGAAACGGCGCCCUGACCAUUAUAUCUACUGUAUUGCCGGCUAGGAAGCAAGCUCAGUUUCUGGGCAUCAACUUAGGCAUCGGCCAGCUCGGUAUCGCCUUGGGCCCCAUGAUUGGCGGUGCAUUCACCCAAAAUGUUACGUGGCGUUGGUGCUUUUAUAUCAACCUUCCCAUUGGCGGUGCUCUGGCCAUUCUACUGUUCCUCUUCAAGAUUCCCGAGCCGACCACCAAGCUGCCCCCAAGACAAGUCCUCAGCACAGCCGUCAAGUCCCUGGAUCUUCCGGGGUUUAUGCUUAUCAGCCCCGCUGCAGUCAUGUUUUUGCUUGCAUUACAAUAUGGCGGUACCGUCCACCCAUGGAAUAGCUCUGUUGUUAUCGGCCUUCUAGUUGGCGCCGCUGUUACUUUUAUCCUCUUCCUUAUCUGGGAAUACCACCAGGGGGACGGUGCCAUGGUACCAUUUUCCAUGAUCAGAAAGCGCAUUGUGUGGUCUGCUGCGGGUAACUUGUUCUUCCUUCUCGGCGCCAUUUUGGUGGCCGAGUACUAUCUCGCCAUUUACUUCCAAACCGUUCUCGACGACAGGCCGGUCAUGAGUGGUGUGCAUCUACUCCCAGCGACUUUAGGCUUGGUGAUUUUCACCAUGCUCUCGGGAAUGAUGACCGAGAUCUUAGGGUAUUACCUGCCCUGGAACCUGGGAGGAAGCCUCCUGACCGCCAUUGGCUAUGGCCUCAUGUCUAUGAUUAAACCCACGACUUCGUCCUCAAAAUGGAUUGGCUACCAGGUCCUCUAUGGUGUUGGCAGCGGUGCUAUGACCUCGGCACCCUAUGUAGCUAUCCAAAAUCUUGUGCCCCCUGCGCAAAUUCCUAUUGCGAUGGCUAUCAUCAUCUUUUGUCAAAACAUGGGCGGUGCCGUAUUUCUCAUUGUUGCCAAUUCCGUCUUCACCAACGGGCUGCGCAAGGAGCUCCAGAAGCACAUCGAAGAGGUUGGCGUCAGCCCGGAAAUCAUCCUCGGUACCGGACUCAGUUCCAUCCGAAGCAUUGUUUCAGGUGAUAAGCUCACGGCUGCGCUGAAGUGUUAUACCACGGCAAUUAGCCAUGUUAUGUACCUCGGUAUCGGAGUCAGCGUAGCCACGUUUGCCUUUGGCUGGGGGCUGGGCUGGGUUGAUAUCCGGAAGGUGAAGCAACUGCAGGUCAUUCAGGCGUCGACCACCGAGGAGAACGUGGACUCCACGACCGAACAUUCGAUCACAGCCUAA